UGCGAUUGGUCAAUUCCGAUAGAAAAAUUUAAGUUAAUGGGCGAUUAAGUUAAUCAGCGUUGGUGCAAGUGGCCCUAAAGGCUUUAUAGGGGAAAAAGGCCUCUAUUGUUGUGAUUGAGUUCCAAAACUCAUUGUGAAAAAUGAUUUUAAUUUUCCUUGUAGAUCAGAUGACGGAUGACGGAUAGAUUUUGAGACACGUGAGAUAAUUUUUAGAUAAAUGAAUAUGCUCGAUUAUUAAUUAGGAGGCAAUUUUUACAUGGCAACAUUAAAAUUCAGCAUGGCAGAAGUGGCAGCAAGUUUAAAAACCGUCUACGACAAGAUAUCAUGUGCUGCUGCAAAGAGAGCACCGGAAUAUCGAUAUUAUGAACCGCGACUGGUAGCUGUUAGCAAAUUGCAAUCCACAGGAUCGAUUUUAGCCGCAUACGAGGCUGGUCAAAGACAUUUCGGAGAAAAUUAUGUGAACGAGUUAUUGGAGAAGGCAGACAGCCCACUGAUUCUUGAAAAAUGCAAAGAAAUUCGAUGGCAUUUUAUAGGCAAUUUACAAAGGAAUAAGGUCAACAAAGUUUUAAGUAUACCGCAUUUAUAUGUCAUAGAAACUGUCAAUAGUGAGAAACUUGCAAAUACACUUAAUAAUUCAUGGCCAAAAUUUCGAAAGAGUGAUGACAGUAAAUUAAAUGUCAUGGUGCAAGUUAAUACAAGUGAAGAAAAGGAAAAAAAUGGUUGUGAUAUUACACAAGUAUCAAACCUUGUAAAAUAUGUUGUACAGAAUUGUCCUAAUUUGAAUUUUAUGGGCCUGAUGACAAUAGGAAUGUUUGGAUAUGAUAUCACGAAUGGACCAAAUCCUGAUUUUAUUUGUUUAAUAAAUUGUAGAGAGAAGGUACAUAACGAAUUGGGAAUUGAUAUAAAAGAUAUUGAAUUAUCAAUGGGAAUGUCUAAUGAUUAUGAACAUGCGAUUGAACUUGGCAGUACAAACGUAAGAGUAGGAAGUGCCAUUUUUGGCAAUAGGCCACAAAAGAAUAAUUGAAAAAAUAUAAUUGAUAUAUUAAAUCAAUAAUUUUAUCUUAAUGGAAAAAGAUAUAUCGGGGAAUAGGAAUACAUUUGUUUAUCUUGACACAUCUCCUAAUCAGAUAUGUACGUAUAAUGAAUAUUCUUUCUGUAGAAAAUACAGUUAAUUUUCUCUAUUCUAAGAGCUUUUCUCAAUUCUUUUCUUUUGAUAUGUAAAAUAAAAAUGUUAUGUAUAUUAUCUUUCAUUAAAUUUGUCACUUUAAUCUGAUCAGAAUGUGGAUGGUAAAGGAGUUACACAAUUCUGAUUAAAAAAAAAAUUGGAAUAGAGAAAAUUGUAAGAGAUAUAUAAUAGAUAUACAUAUGUAUGAAAAAUAAAUGUACAAAAUGAUUUA